CCAAUUUUCGAAAGCCCUAACAAGAGCCGUACAUCUGAAUUGAGAAAAUAGGCGAGUGGAGGCAAGUAACAAAGUCAAGUCGUCGAUGAAGAAAAACCAUUUGUGGUGAAGCUUACGGAACUGUUUUCAGUGUAAAAGUGCAUCUUCUCGCAAUUUUUCUCUCUCAAUCUUCGACUUCAAGCAUCCACGCCGUUGGCGAAAAAUGUUGGGGAAUAAGGAUUAGGGUUACGUCUUCUUCGCGCAGUUGAAUCCAAUUGAAUAUUAUUUAUCGAAUCAUUUCUCAAAACAUAGUUGACGAUGGUUGAGCGAAAGCAGUUCAAGACCAAGUUAUGUGUUCUGUAUCAGAGAGGUCGCUGCAAUCGCCAUAAUUGCUCUUUCGCGCAUGGGAGUGCCGAGCUUCGACGAUUCCCUGGCACGUUUAGUGGUAGGCGAGACUACUUAGGUAAUGACUUGAGGGAUAAACUUGAAAGAAGGCAUUUAUCUCCUCGAAGGUACUCACCAGCUCAAGAUGCAAGAGGCCGCCAGAGCAUCCGGGAAUACAGUCCUCCAAGGUCUUUGGAGAAUAAAAGUGACAGAAGACAUAGGAGAAAACAGGGUAUUACUGGUCAAAGUGAUACUUCCGGAAAUUUGAAAGCCUCAGAUAGAGUUCAAGAUCAAGCUAAAGAAAGAAAAAUGCUUUCCUCUGGUUCUAGGAAUACUCUCGAGGAGCAGCUGAAGAAAGUAGAUUCAGGUAUCAGUGCUCUACAGAACCGAAAAUUCCAGCUAGAGGUCUACCUUGAUGAGAGUAUUCAAGAAGUGGAUAGCCUUAAUUCUAGAAUUCAGGAGCUUGAAGCUCAAUUAUGCAAAGAGGAUGAGGAGUGCAAAAGAAUUACUUCAAGAAUAAGGAAAUUUGUUAGAGUCCACAAUCAUAUGUCACAGUUACAAGAUGAAUUGAAGAGAUCUCAAGUCCGACUUCAACGGUUUGGAGAUCAGCUUGUCUCAGACAUUUCUAAGAUUGGUGCCAAUGAAGAAGAUUUAAGCAUUGAUAUUGUCAGCAAUGGUGAAAAUACUGGUCUUCUUCCAAUUGUCAAACAUAAUGUGGAGCAUAAUGAUGCAUCAUCCCACAGAAAAAGGCUGCAUAUUGAACGAGAGGCUUUGGAAGAUUUAAAACAAGGUAAUAGAUCAAAAGAUGGCCAUUCGGUUGAGACCGGUAGAACUAAGAAGCGAUCUCGGUGGAAUACAUCAGAUCAAUUGAAUGACGAGUCUCUCAGGGGCCCAGAAAAUGGAACUGAAGUUAUUAGAGCUCUAGAUCUUGAAGGCAGGCACAAGAGAGGAUUGAAGCAACCUAGGAUUGAAGUGCCAUCAACUAGCAUGGCAGCUCAUGUGGCUGAUGAGGACGUUGAUAUUGAACUUUACAACGGAAAUGAUAUCAAUGAAACUGCAAAUACAGAAAAUGAGAAUGGUGUGGCAAACAAGGUGAAGGCUGCACCACUAAUGCUUCCCCCUGCUUUGGUACCUCGUAGCAAUUAUUCGCAGUACGAGGGUAACGACGAGAAUGUUGAUGUGGAUGGUUGAUGAAUAAGCAGCAGGGUCACGUGUGGUUUAGUCUAAUCAAUAUUGGCAGUUUCUAACUUUCUUUUGGUGGCUCGAAUGUCAAUGCCUAGAACAGUAGAAUUUGAAAAUAGUGGAUAGGAUGCAAGAUUGGGAACAAGAAACGAAAGAUUUGUGGAUCUACUUGAUUAUCUAUUUUCUGUUGGACUUCUUGAUGUGGUUAUAAAUGUAAUUCUCUGUUAUCUAUGAUAUUUUUUGGUUUUCCAGAUCUAAUCAUUGAACUGAAAUUACCGUAUC